AUGGGACAGACGGAGCAGCCGGGGCUCCGGAGGGCUAAGUCAGUCCUCCAGGCACAGCCAUGCAGCGGCAUCAGACGGCAGCUGGCGAGGGAAGAGCUCCGAGUUGCUCAGGGGCUCCCGGGGAGCGGCGUCCGCCCACCCCGCGCCCGGUCUCUCUCCGGGCGGAGGGGGCGGCCCCGCAACUCCCAGGCCCCGCCCCCCGCCCGCCCCCGGCCAAGCCCGGGCUCCGCCCCCCAGGCCCCCGACCCCGCCUCGCGCCGGCCCCCGCCCCCCCGAACCCCGCCCCCCACCCCGCCCCGAGGGCGCCCCGGGGCCAUUGCCCGGCCCGAGGGGCGCCCCCCGGCCCGCGGCCCCGCUUACCUGGCCGCGCGCCCCCCGGCCCCCCCUCACUCGGCGACCAGAGCCGCAGCCCCGGCCCCUCCCGCCGCCAUCUUGUGCCGACUCCCUCCGCCCUCCGCCUCCGCUCCGCCUCCCGGACCUGCGACCUUAAAGGCGCAGGCCGGCACCCCCUCCCGUGCCGCUGGGCAGAACUCGACCGACACCGACACUUCUCCUUUAAAGGGCCAGGGCGUCACUCCACCUUAA